CAAAUCAUUUUUUACAGUGUACUAACUAAAUUUAAAGAAGUUAAAUUCUAUCAGACCUCGUCUUCAAUAUUUUUGAUAGUCAUUCUCCUGUGCUUUGGCUCAGUAAGCUUUGUACAUGUGUUGCAUUUUUGGCAACUACAAAAUGAUUUCCCAGGUUUCCACUGGGUACCACAAUUUCUAUUUGAAUAGGGUGAGGCAACACCUUUGCAUGUAUUCUGGGCCACACGGCCUGUUACCAUGGUCUCACCAGGUAUGUAAAUAUGCAAUCUUCGUACCUGUGUAUCUUAAUAUAAACUACAACGUAGUGGAACAGAAAGAGACAUUACAACAUUAAAAUUUAAUGAUGUUGGAAAGGCAAAAAUGUACAGAGUACGUAUUUACCUGAAGCCAAUAAGAAUUGGAAAGCAACCAGCGGUUACAUCACAUGAAAGAACGCGUGUGUUUGUUUGUGUGAGAGUGAGCGAGGGCUGCUACAGAUAAACAAAUUUUUUGCUAUGAGUCAAGGACGAACGAGUUGUACCAUUGAGUUGACUGAAAGGGAUCGACAUCCGAGCAACGCAUUGCAAAAUUCUGUGCAUCUCAGGCUAAGCCGACCAACAAAUCAACAUGGAUAAUUUUCGUAUGAUGUCCCAGAUUCUCCAAUCCAACCAAGAGUCGUUUAUGAAUGGCAUAUGUGGUAUCAUGGCUCUGGCAAGCGCUCAACUCUACACAUCUUUUGAAUUCAACUGUCCAUGCAUGCCAGAAUACAACUACUCCUAUGGGAUAAGCAUGCUGGUCAUUCCACCCAUAUGGUUCUUCAUGCUGGGUUUCGUACUGAACAACAACGUAUCCAUUUUGGCGGAAGAAUGGAAACGGCCAAAGGGUCAAAGAAGGAAGGAUCCCAGCAUCUUGCGCUACAUGUGCGUCUCCAUAUCCCAGCGUUCCCUCAUUGCACCGGCCGUCUGGAUUUCAGUAACGCUGAUGGACGGUAAAAGUUUCUUGUGUGCUUAUAGCAUGGACCUGGAUAUGACUGAGUUUGGAAAAAAUUCAAGUGGGCUUUCAGAUGAGGAACUCGUACAGACGCUGGCCAAAAUCCCAUGCAAGCUUAUAUUUGACAGCCCGCAUGUCGUAUCAAGAGAGGCAGCGACCAGAUACAUACGGUGUAUUUCACAGGCCUGUGGAUGGGUCUUCCUGAUGAUCAUUACAAUCAUUGCAUUCUUGGUCCGAGCCAUCCGUCCCUGCUUCACACAAGCCACCUUCCUCAAAACUAAAUACUGGUCCCACUACUUAGACAUCGAGCGCAAGAUGUUUGACGAGACUUGCACAGAACAUGCCAAAGGUUUCGCCAAGAUCUGCAUCAAGCAGUACUUUGAGGGCAUAAGCGGUGAGAUUCCCAGCUUGUCUGCUCAAAGACGUGGGGAUGACACCGUGGACGGCGAGGAAAAAACCCCUACUGAAGAAGACAAACUGUAUGGCAUUCGUCGCCAGGACUCUAUGAAUAAGGUGCUAUGGGACUGGCACGCGUGCAAGCCUCCCCUCAAUCUGAAAAAGCUUGCAGAAGCUACUGGACCAAAUGGCGUUGCUAACAAAAAAGAAGAUUUGUCUGAUAAAAAUCAUUUGAAUGGCCUAAAGGGGGGUUAUGUAAAUCCAGGCCUCGAUGUUGGGCAAAAUGAAUUGGACAGUGGGUGUAAUAAUGCUAACGUUCAUCCAAAGAAAAAUGGUUUAACAAAUAGCUAUACAAACAACAGCACAAGCCAAAAUGGACUGACUAACAAUGGAGUCUGUUCUCCAAGCAGUGCUCAGCAGAAACCAUGGGCAGUGUAUUACAGUAAAGUCUGAGAUUGUUUUGGCUCAGACAUGUUUUUGUUAAUGAUUUACACUAAAAACCACUUCCAUUGACAUUGCAUUAUGGGUCCUAUGCCAGUAGAUUUAAAUGUUUAGUUAACCAGACACUGAAAGCACAAAUUAAUUUCCAAAUAGAGAUUUCAAAAUGAUCAGAUCAUCACAAGCUUUGAUUUAUUGGGAAAAAGUUUUUAACGUAAUAAAAAGCUGCGUAUUGAAAUCCAUUUAUGACGUAAUACAAUUGAACGACACAAUGCGAAUGCGUUUAUGAAAGACUGUAAAAUUUAAAAGUAGCUAUGUAUAUGCAAUUAUUUGUUAUUAAUUAUUUAAUU